AUGCAUUUUCAGCUUUUAUCUACACUUUUUCGUGUAGCUAAGCAAACUAUCGAAGAUAAUCUUCAAUCAUUUUAUCGAACAAAAUUGAUUACUCCUAAAGUUAUUGAUAAUUUUUCUUUUCAAAUCGAAUCUAAUUUAAUUCUUGAACAAUUCAAAAGAACAAUACCAGAAUCAUAUCAACGGACAUUACAACUAAUAGAAGCAAAUACUGAAAUCAAUCAAUUGAUUGUACCACUCAAUUCUAUUUUUCGAUCUCGAAGAGAUGUUCACAACAAAGAAGUUUUCCGCUUAGAACCUGAAUUAAAUGCUCGACACGAUCGUCCUGUAUGUACACUCGGCGAAAAAUGCGAAUGUUUCUUUUUGUUUCCCGGCGAAUGUGUUCUAGAAACAGUUGUUGUAGAAGAAGAUUUCACCCGCAAAACUAUUCCAGGAAUGAGACUAACAGUAUCUCCUAUUCGCUCUGUUUUAAUAUCGACAUUAGAAUGUUUCUACAAUGAAACAUGUCUAUCUGAGAUUACACGUGAAAUUAAUUCUCUAGUUUCACCAACAAAUUUUUCAACACUUCGUUUAUCAUCGUUAGCAAUGAACGAAAGUGAAAAUGAUACAAUCGAUAUGUUGGCAAAGAAACUUUUUAUUCAGUCAUGGUCUAAUCAAACUAGUUCAUAUGAAUCUUAUUUUAAUCAAUGUCAUCCUUUAUCUUGUCAAUAUUCAUAUCUAAGUCGAUAUAAUAUAAUCGAUGCUGUUACAAGAAUUAUUGGAACAUUAGGCACUCUUAAUUUUCCUCUAGCAUUAUUAGUACCGUAUCUCAUCAAACUAUCAUCUUAUAUUUGGGCUAAAAUGAAAUCUCGGCGACAAAAUACAAUCAGACCAUCUGUAGAAACGGUCUCUACCAGAAGAGGUAAAUAA